CCAUUGAUUUCCCAAUUUCCCUCAUCAAAUUUCUUAAACCUUUCUGAAGAUCAGUGCUUCCUUUUCUGAUUGAAUCAAAUCAUCUGGAGUUCAACAUCUUGGAACUUUCUUGUUAUUUUUAAACUAUAUAUUCUACUCUGUUCUUGUCUUUUUUGCUGAAUAAUGCUUAAGCAAACCAGGACCUGAAGAACAACUUGAAUCCAGGACAAAAUGGGUAGAUCAGAUGAUCCGUUUUGGAAGGAAGUUGAAGAUAUGAAUGAUGGAAGCAUGAAGUGUAAGUUUUGUGGGCAUUUAUUUGCCAAUGGUACUUCCAUUUCGAGGAUCAAAUGGCAUUUAUCAGGAGAGAGAGGGCAUGGUGUUGGCAUUUGUGGUCAGGUGCCUAAAGAAGUUCAAGAAUUAAGCAGCCUUUCUAGCUAUGCAUGGUGGCAACAAAAGACAUAAAAGCAUAGCAAGUUCAAGCAAUGUUAAUGAUUAUGCCAUUUCCACCUGUCCACAAGAACAAGACAAUGCAGUACUUGGUAAUUUGGCACAAGGUGUUGGGCCUGAGAGAAUUCAUUCGCGUGUAGAAGCGGCAAAUAGCAUGGAAUACACUGGUGAAGGAUCUUUUCAGCAUGUUGACAGAAGUGUCUCUCCUUGGGGACUCAGAGUUGAUGCUCGUGAGAAUAGAGGAGAAGCAACACAAAGAACAGAUUUAGUGGAUCAAUUUGCUGAUGGUACUUGGGUUCAGAUACACUCUGCCCUUUCAAAGGCGCAGAAGCUGAAUGAAAUCUCUACCUAUUUAAUGCAGGAAGAUGAGGAUGUGGAGCGUCUGCAUGAUGCAUUUGAAACUGUACCGAGAACAGAAGAAGUGCAGCAUCUGGAGAGAGGUAGCUCUUGUGAGAGGCCAUCAAUUAAUCAAGCUGAUGAGCCUCGAGGAGAUUCAUCACAACCAACAGAUUCAUUGUGUCUUGAUCAUGGAAGAUAUUAUGAUCAACUAUUUACUCCGUCAAUAAACAAUGAUGUCAUUAUGAAUGAUGUGCAGAACAUGGUUAGAGUGAGGACAGAACCAUUGGAGGAGGAGGAUGUGGAGAAUAGUGGAAGUUCAGUAGUGCAGGCUGGCGCGGGAGCUAGAUCUUCUGAAAGUCUGAAAUACAACUAGAGGAGUUCCAUUACCUACUAGCUCUACAAAGCCAGUGGGUCAAGCAUUUGAAGAGAAUAUGAAGGUGAUAUGGUCUUUGUUAAUGGAUGAUAAAGUCCCAAUCAUUGGCAUUUAUGGGAUGGGAGAAGUUGGUAAAACGACAAUACUGCAACAUAUUCAUAAUGAGCUUCUACAAAAACCAGAUAUUUGUAAUCAUGUUUUGUGGGUGACUGUCUCUCAAGAUUUCAGCAUUAAUAGAUUGCAGAAUCUUAUUGCUAAACGUCUCUAUUUAGAUCUUUCAAGUGAAGAUGAUGAUCUGCAUAGAGCUGCCAAUUUGUCAGAAGAACUAAGGAAGAAACAAAAAUGAAUUUUCAUUUUAGAUGAUUUGUGGAACAAUUUUGAGCUACACAAAGUGGGAAU